GGAGACUUGAAAGGAACACUCACUUGUGGCACCAUUUCGCAGGAUGGUUAAUCCUUUCCUGUAGUGUGCCCUGGAAAUGAGGAAACGACUUGGCAGAGCUACGGAAGCGCAUACCGCGGCAGAUGUUGUAGGAGCCGCUGUCACAGUAUUCACAGUCGUCGCAAGAGACGCCGACUUCUAGGGCGACGCGGUCACCAGGGGCAAAUGUCGUUACAGAAGAUCCGACGGAGACUACUGUACCGCUGGACUCGUGUCCAAGAGUGAGCGGCUCGCGAACAAUGAUGUCACCGUUGCGGUAGUGGUUGAAGUAAUGGAGGUCGGAGCCACAGAGACCUGUAGACUGAAUGGCGAUUUGGAUUUCGGAGGCCUCGGGGGCUGGUAGCUCGCGGUCUUGCUGGUGAUAGGGGAAAAGAGUGUCAGUUUCUGGAAUAGAAACAAGAAGGAUGAAGAGCACAAGUUUUUGAACUUACAAGGCGAAGGUCCUUUUCGCCAUGGAGGACGGACGCUUGAACUCGUUCUGUCGCCAUGUUGAGUUUUGGCUAGUAGUAGAUGAAAAGAUGCGAUUGAUUAUUCAAAGAAAAAGAGAAGUGAUAGACGUAUAUGAGGACAGAAUGCAGAGCGGGAAGUGAAGGGAGAGAGUAUUGGCAGGAAAGUAAAACGUUCCAAGUGGCGGCAAAGAAAACUUGACGGCGGCACCACGAUCCCCCACGUUGGGCGUACGGCGCCGGCUAUUGAAGCUUUGCGCCCCCCCGCACCACCCGCCUCCGCAGACCGGACGUUGGACAAAGGGCGUAGCAGCACGUAGACCAUUCAGGACAAAAGGUGUAAAUAUGCGAAGCAAAGGUAAAAUUGAAUAUACUGCUGAAGAAUCAAUUGCAAUAUUUUCACAAUUUUAUACCUUUAUUAAACAUAGUAGAACCUCAAUACUUGUCCUUAUGCCAAAAUGGGAGCUUGUCGCCGGAACUUGCCCAACACGGAAACUUUUCAUCGGCAAUAGAAACACCUCCACCAAAUACCCCAGCGCCCCUCUCCAACAGUGACGUCCCGGUUGAAUGCCCCUCCAAGAACCACAUCUUCCCUCUGUUUCUUCUCCAUCACCAGUAUCCUUUGCUUUUACCAUUGCUUGCACGCAAAAUUAUUCAAAUGGCUGCCAACAUGUUCUCGCUCGAGGGCCAAACGGCCAUGAUCACCGGCUGCACUAGAGGCAUUGGCCAGUCUGUCGCUAUUGGGCUGGCAGAGGCUGGUGCCGAUGUCAUUCUCAUCCAGAGAGAUACAUCCGUCACAGAAACCAAGGAAGCCGUCGAAAAGCUCGGCCGCAAGGCCUGGAUCUACACGGCAGACAUGGCCGUCCCUGAAUCCGUUGCGGCCCUCACGCCCAAGAUCCUCGCUGACAACCACGAGAUCCGCAUCCUCGUCAACUGCGCUGGCAUCCAGCGCCGUCACGCCUGUGAAGAGUUCCCCGACAGCGACUUCAACGAGGUCAUUCAGGUCAACCUCAACGCCGUCUUCACCCUCUGCCGCGACGUCGGCGCCCACAUGCUCAAGCUGGAGCCCUCGCCCGUCACCGGCCGCCGCGGCAGUGUCAUCAACUAUGCAUCCCUCCUCACCUUCCAGGGCGGUCUUACUGUCCCUGCCUAUGCGGCGUCCAAGGGUGCAGUUGGCCAGCUGACAAAGUCGUUUGCUAAUGAGUGGACAUCCAAGGGCAUUACUGUCAACGCCAUUGCUCCGGGCUACAUUGAGACGGACAUGAACACAGCCUUGCUCAACAACCCCGAGCGAUUGGCUAGCAUUAGCGCUAGAAUCCCUGCUGGCCGCUGGGGCUCCCCUGAAGACUUCAAGGGCACAACAGUGUACCUUGCGUCCAAGUCUAGCGCCUACGUUAGCGGUCAUGUGUUGGUCGUGGAUGGUGGUUGGAUGGGCCGAUAGAGCAUGUCGUGGAAGAAAAAAUGUAGUUUGCAAAUGUAGCUCGUUAUUUUGGGAUAUAAUAUAAAAAAAGAAAUUGAGUAUGCCAUCGAGGAGAGUCCUUUGCUUUUUGCUCCUAAAGAAAGCCAUAAAACGCCGUAUGCCAUGCUGUCAAGCUGUCAGGCAAUGAAGAAUAAUUUCCGUGCAGUUCCCGUCUCUUCCGUGGUAUCAUACAGACGGUGCAGACUACACAUAGCGCCCGGUUAAAACAAAAUAUACAGGAGCCUAAAAUAAAAGGCGAAGCAAAUAGUCAAUCAUGCAAGUAAAAUGCAUGUCUAGUUGCGGCGGGCAGAGACGACACGGCGGACAGCCAAGCUGGGUGUGCCAUCGGGCGUGAUGACCU